UUGUACUAGAAGUUGAAUAAUGGAAAAACAAAACCAAUAGGUUCCUUUUCGCUUUUACUUUUUGGUUAAGCAAAUCUUGGAGAAGUUACCUGACUCGUCAGAAUGUUAAUCAGUCACUUUAAUUUUGUGAAAGGAAUUACUCUGAAAGUGUAGUUAAAUAAAAAUGGGGAUCUUCCUGCUAAGUGAGUAUUUGUUGAAAUUACUCAACUGUGAUUCUUUGGUUUUGUGAAACUUCAAGGAAGACUUUUAACUCUUCCCCUUCUAUCCCUUCCCUCUACAGUCCAUCAUCUUGGUCAGGCCUUUGUUAAUAACCUUUUCCCAGCCUUCCAAAAGGUGGCUUUGCCCCAUUCUGCUUCUCAGUGCUUUUAAGCACCUGCAGAUGACUUCCUCAGGUCAGCUUUAAUUGCCAUUUACCUCUUGGAACAACUUCCCAGGAUUCCUUGUUGCCUAAUGAAUUUAAUAAUUUCUUACCAUAUUAUUCUAGGCCCUGAAAAUAUACUCCCAAUCUGUAUCGUUCUAGCCUCCCCUCCCCCAGUUUGUUGUUUACUAAGACAGUGAGCAAGUUAGUGUGCUCCCUGAGGAGACAGCUAAGAUGAUUAGAGAUUUUUAGGUAUGGAAGGACUUACAAGAAGUUUAUUCUUGAUGGAGAAUGGAAAUUAUUAACCAUUGUGACUUUGAGAAUGUUCAUUGUUUUUGAAUGACUAUUAUCAGAAAGACAAAGAGUGUUGAGUGACUCCCAGUAGUCUAGGAGGAGAGAAUACAGGAGAUGUGUUUUGGACAUUUGGAGACUAAGGUGAUGUGGGUGUUAAGGCAUAAAUGAUUGACGAGAAUAGGGAGAGAGGAGUGGGUAGAAAGUGUAGCUGGAAUGAAAACUAGAUAUAAUAUUGUGAGUAAUAUUCUUUCAUUUCAUAUUUAUGUAUAAGAAAGACUAUUAAACAAUGUCUAGAUUGAAAAGAUUGUCACUAAUACAAACAAUAAAUGACUCUUACUAUAAGAAAAUAAUAAAAAGAGAAAUGGCAGCUGAAGAAAAAUUGGAAUGAGGAAAGCUAUUAGGAAUUUUCUAUAAAAUGACAGUUGUGUAAGAUGAGGAGAGAAAAGUCUGAGAAGAACCAUGUCUCCUCCAUCCCCCCAAAACCGUGUGGUUUUGCCAUGUUCUGUUCAGGAGUAUCAGGUUGGGCAGCUUUACUCUGUUGCAGAAGCUAGUAAAAAUGAGACUGGCGGUGGUGAAGGAAUUGAAGUCUUAAAGAAUGAACCUUAUGAGAAGGAUGGAGAAAAGGGACAGUAUACACACAAAAUUUAUCACCUAAAGAGCAAAGUUCCUGCAUUCGUGAGGAUGAUUGCUCCUGAGGGCUCGUUGGUGUUUCAUGAGAAAGCCUGGAAUGCAUACCCCUACUGUAGAACAAUUGUAACGAAUGAAUAUAUGAAAGAUGAUUUCUUCAUUAAAAUUGAAACAUGGCAUAAACCAGACUUGGGAACACUAGAAAAUGUACAUGGUUUAGAUCCAAACACGUGGAAAACUGUUGAAAUUGUCCACAUAGAUAUCGCAGAUCGAAGUCAAGUUGAACCAGCAGACUACAAAGCUGAUGAAGACCCAGCAUUAUUCCAGUCAGUCAAGACCAAGAGAGGCCCUUUGGGACCCAACUGGAAGAAGGAGCUAGCAAACAGCCCUGACUGUCCUCAGAUGUGUGCCUAUAAGCUGGUGACCAUCAAAUUCAAGUGGUGGGGACUGCAGAGCAAAGUAGAAAACUUCAUUCAGAAGCAAGAAAAAAGGAUAUUUACAAACUUUCAUCGCCAGCUUUUUUGUUGGAUUGACAAGUGGAUUGAUCUGACGAUGGAAGACAUCAGGAGGAUGGAAGAUGAGACUCAGAAAGAAUUAGAAACAUUACGUAAUCAAGGUCAAGUGAGGGGAACAAGUGCAGCCAGUGAUGAGUGAAGAAUCUGACCAGUAUCUUACAGUGUUGAAGUUUCCCAGCGUUUGCUUGUGAUGAUAUGCACACAUGCACAGGUUCCCAGCCACGUGUGUAUACGUGUGUGUGUGUCUGUAGCUGUAUAUAAAACGCAUGUAGAGCUACAGAUCCAGAUACACGUUUGUGUAUAUAUGUACAUACAGACAUACUGAAGGGAUUAGUACAAUUUCUCCAAAGUACUGUACCUAUCUUCAGCAAGAAUGCAAAAGAAAAUAUUUUCAAUAUAUAUACCUGGAACAGAUUUUAAUAAGUAUCAGAGUAAUACCAUUAAUGGACAAAUUUGACUGCAUUGUAAUACUAGCUGGUAUGUUUCAUAAAUGUCAAGCUGUGGACCAAUAUAUAUAGCCUUUUGUUAUUUCUGUUGUUUUAAAUCAGUCUCUUAUAAAUUUUUAUUUUAGUCCCAUAAGCAGCAGACUCCCACAGAAAAAUUUCUUCAAAAUUUUUUGGUAUUCCAGUGAAUCUGGAAUGUAAACUCAGAAUGUAUUUAUAACUAUUUAUUUCUGGACGGUUAUUAUCUUGUAGCCAAAUUUGACAAUAUCUAUUAAGUAAGGAGUAAAGUUACAGGCAAGUUUUUACUUAUUUGCCCUGAGGGAAAAAUCCUUUUAAAAAAAAUUUCUGGUUUUUAUUGGAUUUUUGUAUUUUAAAUUUCAAAUAUUUUUCUAUAUCAAACCUAGCAAAAAUGGAGAUGACGGUUUGUGAUUUAUAGUAAACACUAGACAAUUUUCAGGCUCCUGUUAGGCAAAUUGGUGAAGAAAUUAAUCUUAAUAAUAUUGUAGGCUAUGUAGAAAAAUUGAAAGCAUGGGACUUCCGUGGAGUCUUGUUUUGGAAAUGAUUUUUCUGGAUUAACAGCUUGGAAACUAUGCAAAUGGUCUAGGUUCCUCACAGCUCACACGAUACGAUGUAGAUAGUGAUGACAUUUUGCUCUUUCAUGUUGAAAUACACUUCAAGGAGGAGAUGCUGCCUUUGAGAUAGAAGUUUAAGACUCAGUGUCUCGGCUGCGCACGAUUAGGGGCCCUGCCAAGGGGCCCGCGGACCUGACUCUGGGACACGCCCCCAAGUAGGGUGUCAUCAGAACAUAUCCUGAAUUCCUAAAUGGGCAUCAUGAGGAUGCUGGUUAGAAGCCACUGCCACCCUUUUCUUUUCUUCUUUUUCUUUUUUAAAGAACAAUAGCUAGAUAAGAUUUUUUAUAAGCUUUCUCUGUCCGAAUCCAGUUUUUCUCCUGUCAGUCCUGGAAGCUUGAAUAGAAUAAUGUUGUUGAAGCCUUCAGGUCACAAACUGUCUUUUUUAACCUCUCGUCCUUCCUAAAACACGCCAACCCUGCAGUCAGACCACGUUAGUGAUCUGAUUUGCUGACAGUCCUGCCCUCCCUGCCCCGAGUUUUCACACACGUCCCGCGUCCCCUCUGGAGCGAUCGCAGCGAAUCAGACAAGGAAGGAUGUUUAGGAUCACUACUGCAUUGCGAUGCCCUGUACCCUCAGCAGCAAACCCCACAUUUCAUACAUCCUUUGUGUACUCAGGAUAAAGACUGAUGUUUACUCUCUGGACACUGUUGUAAGAUAGGUUUUGUUAGAGCAUAAUCAUUGUCUGCAAAGUGUUUGGUGCGAGGAAGAUUCUUGCUAAUUUUGUGAAAUGAAGAGUCUAGCCCUCUCUUUUUAAUGAACUUAACUCUCACUGGCAUCUGUAGUAUCAUUGGGAGCUUGGGCACACAUGGAAAUGAGAGCCUGGCGCAUGGAUUUUAAUGUUUUUCUAACAACUGUGGAGAUUUGAGGGAAUGUGUGGUGAAUGUAAAAUACCUAGUUUACUUGGCAGUCUCUUGUGUAAAUUACAGUAAAACAAAGUAAAUGAAAUUUAAACAAAAAAUAAAUUUGAUCACAAAAUGCCA